AUGCAUGAGGAAAACGAGAAUGACUGUGAACAGCCGCUAGAACAGUGGUUUUCCAACUUUGAGGAUGAAUGUCUGAACGAGCUGGAGGCUCAAGGCAGAGUGGAGGCCAGACUGCAAGCUGCCGAAGAGAACACAGCACAACAGUUAUGGUUAGGUUUUCAGCAUACGUCGACGGCUAUAGCACAGCUGUAUAAUUAUAAAGAUUCUGCCAGUGAUGGGUAUUUCCUGUUAGUUCCAUUCAAUAAAGCUGCAGAGUCGCUGACAAAAUUAUAUAAAGAUAGUCUAAAUAAUGCUCGAGAGUGCCUGACUCUGGGAAUGCAGAGUGGUAGAAGUAGCCGUGCUAGAGAUAUUGCUGCUUGGGUGCGCAAGAAGCGAAAGUGUAUACGCAGAGAUGAACUCCUAGCAUACCUGUGUGGCAAGAGCCUGCCAUCACACUCACACCAUCAUAGAAACAGGCAGAACCGAAGUAUAGAAAGACAGUUGCCUCAUCGUGCAUCCCACCAUAGUGAUGCCAUUGAUGCUGGGGAGUAUCCAGUGAGAGAGGCUUUCUCUUUGCAAGGUCUGAAUGGUGCAAUGUCCAAUAUCAGCAUGGGAUACAGCCGACCCAGCACAGCUGCCGGGUGCACAUUCAACUCUUUCUCCAGGCCACCAGUAGUCGACUAUUUAUACCACGAUGAACGAGCCAGAAGCUCCGAAUAUAGAAAACGACGAAAUUCCUCCUCAGGCACAGACGCCAGCAUGGAGUCACCGUCAAGGAAAAAAGGCAAAUCGCUGUGA